ACGCCCAAAAAAGUGCAGCUCACCUGGGCAGAGAGUGUACCGGACUGGACGGGUUUCCCCUCAGGAGUCAGCAGUCGGGGGCGCCGAUGGCUUCCUGUCGUCGCUGUGCAGCGUUUUCUCGUCUGGUGCAGAAAAAGAGAGCAGCUGCUUCUCACAUCCCAGCCUUUGCUCUGUCAUCCUCCCCCUCUCCCUCCUCCCUCCCUCCCUCAGGAAGGGGAGCACCACACCCUGUCAGCCAAUCAGAGCUCGACUCCACCUUCUCCAUCACAUCAUCUCAGUUUCCAAGGUAACAGGGCACCCCGCUCCCUCCCUCCCUCCCUCUCCCUCUGUUUCCAUACUGAAAGGUGCCGCAUCAUCAUCAUCUUCCCUCCCAUCCGUCCAUCCCACCGUCCCACACUGAGAGCUGGUGGCUAGUUUUACUUUAGCCUCCUCUCUGUUAGCACCAUCUCUCUCUCCCUCUCUCUCUCUCUGCAGUGGGAUUGCCACAACAUCAAAGGCACCUCCCUCUCUCCCUCUCUCCCUCUCUCCCUCUCUCCCUCUCUCCGCAUCCUCCGACAUCCAGCAGAAACGAGGAGGGAAAGAAGAGAACGACAUGGACUAAAGGAGAAGAAGAAGAAGAGAGAUGUGUUUACUCCAAUGAAACUCGUCCACCCACGUUAGGAAUCCUGUACCUCUCUCUUCCUCUCUCACACCAUGAGCAUCGUGGCUCUCUCACCCUUGGCCCCCGAGCCACCGUCCCCCAUGAUCACCUCCAUCACACCCGUCACCCCGACCCUGGACCCCGACAGCUCCACCUCCCCCACCGCCGUCACCACCAACCCCCUCAGCCUGGAUCCUGACCCUCAGUCCCAGGAUGGAGCCUCCUCGCCGGGACCCGGACCCAGCCGAGGCAUCCUCACUGGGGGAGGACCUCAUCUGGGUCGAGACCCCUCCAGGAGGUCAAAGAAACCUCCGCCCCUCCACACUGGAGCCGACUGGAAGGUCGUCCUCCACCUACCAGAGAUCGAGACGUGGCUGAGAGCGACCAGCGACAGAGUCACACAGCUCACACACUCUGUGGGACAAGACAGUGACAACAGACACGUGGACGUCCACCUGGUGCAGCUUAAGGACAUCUGUGAGGACAUCUCAGACCAUGUGGAGCAGAUUCAUGCCCUGUUGGAGACAGAGUUCUCCCUGAAACUGCUGUCCUACUCCGUCAACAUCAUCGUCGACAUCAGGACGGUGCAGCUGCUGUGGCACCAGCUGAGAGUGUCAGUCCUUGUCCUGAAGGAGCGUCUGCUGCAGGGUCUGCAGGACUCCAACGGAAACUACACCCGCCAGACGGACAUCCUGCAGGCCUUCAGCCAGGACCAGCACCAGACUCGUCUGGACGCUCUGACAGAGGUGGACGACUGCGGUCAGCUGACCAUUCGCUGCAGCCAGGACUACUUCUCUUUAGACUGUGGUAUCACUGCCUUCGAGUUGAGUGACUACAGCCCGAGUGACGAGCCUGAGUCCCGGGGAACUGAGCCAAGCAACCAGGACCCCUCCCAGGAGCAGGAGCAGGAGCAGGAGCAGGAGCAGGAGCUUGAUCCGGCCCAAGACCAAAACCCAGAUCUGGGGUCAGUGAAGAGUGAGGGACCCUGCCUCUCAAACCAAGAACUCUGUAACAUUUCACCUGAACUCACCACACCCGGUGACUUAACAAACCACAACCAUUCUCCUUCAAUGUUACCCACAAUGCAAUGUGGCAUGCCCAACCACAGUGAGAGUGUAAAGCGCCCACUGCAGGGUGUGAGCCACAGCAUGGAGGUGUCCCCCACGCAGCCGUCGCUCCCCAAGAGAGCUGCCCUGUUCUCAGACGGAGGAACCGGGGUGGAGGACUCAAGGGGAGGUCUGGGGAAGGUUAACCCGCUGUCUGGGCUCCAAUUCCAGGCCGAGCUGAGCCGAAGCACCCCCUCCCUCAUGGAUCCUCCAGAUCGCUCCAAGUUCUGGUUGGAGCUGGACUCGGUUUAUCCAGAAAAUGUCUCACAGUCCUACGAGAGCCUGCAGGUCAUGAACGGGAGAAACCUGCAGAGAAACCAUGUGAGCUCCAGACACGGUGGGCGCUCAGAGGGAUGCGCUCAAAGACCUCUGACCGACCAGAGGGGCUCAUCUGCGGAUCCGGCGUCUCAGGAUGAAAUAUCAAAACAAAUGGAGAGGACGCAGACGGAGACACAUGCACACAGUGAGGGGGACUCUGACUCCUCGUUGCCCUCCCCCAUGAGGGAGCAGUUCCUCUCCUCAGACCUGGAGGCUUCUGGAGAGGAGUCAGACCCCCGACCACCUCCCGGCAAGACAGCGGUCUGGAUUGUGAAGCGCCAGGGGCAGAAGCAGGGGGCUCAGGUUCCAUCAAAAGUCAGUCCAGACCGGGAGCACUGGUAUGGGUCAGAGGAGUUCCUGGCUCUCCCUGCUCAGCUCCGUAAGACUGAGAUGCUCGCUAUGAAACUGGAAAGUCUGGCUCAGUCCAUCCCACUGAGGCCUGGUGACUCUGCCCAGGAGGCUCUGCAGGAUGUAGAUGACUGGGAUUUGACGGAGCUCAACCCAGACUGGGACGCUGGGGACAACGUGAGCAGCGUAGGGGAGAGUGGGGACGACAUUCCUUCUCCUCUGCCACCGCUGCUUCCUUACCGACGAAACCUGGUCAGCCGCUUUAGCCCCACUUCCUCCAGUGAUAUAGCGCCCUCUGUGGGUGAAAGCAUAGAGUCUGGCCCACUAAGCGAUGUGCAGUCUGAAGAGGACGAGGGGCGGAGGUCUUCGGACUGCCACCUGCAGCUGACGGCGCCUCUGGCGGACGGACGUGGACGUGUGUCUCUGGUGCAGCAGCUGCUGGAGGACAUUCAGAGUCAGGACAAAGACCCUGACAUCUGGAAGAAGAUAGAGUGUUUCGUGCAGCAGUUGGACGGCUUCAUCUCGUGGCUUCAGGAGGCGCUGGACAGCACGGAGAACUGGACGCAGCCCAGACAGGAGCUGGACAGCCUGAGGGUGUACCUGGACACACACCUGAGUUUCAAGCUGAACGUGGACAGUCACAGCGCUCUGAAGGAGAGCAUAAUGGAGGAGGGAAAAGCACUGCUCACCGUCAUCACCUCUCACCAAUCAGGUCUGAAGGAUAUCCUCCAUAUGGUUUCCAGCCAAUGGGAUCAGCUGCAGCGGCAGAUCCGGCGCCAACAUGGCUGGAUGCUCCGCGCCCUCCGCUGCAUCCAGGCCCGCCUCCUCUACACCGGCCAAUCGCACGAGCUCUUCGCGGCCUCGCUGGACCCGUCAGCCAGUCAGCAGGCUGCGUGCCCGGCGGACGGCCUCAAGUCUGAGCUGAUCUCCAGUCAGUGUGAAGCCCAGCGAGCAGCCCUGGAGCAGAUGGCCAUCAAACUGAGCAGCCUGCGCUACCCCACCUCCACCAACAGGAGGCACUACAGUCAGCUGGCCAGGAGCAACAGUCUGCAGGAGUUUGAGGUCGAGUAUCAGGAGCUCUGGGAUUGGCUGAUGGACAUGGACGCCAUGGUAACGGAUAGUCACCAGCUGAUGAUGUCAGAGGAGCAGAGGCAUCACCUCUUCAAGAGCAGCCACGCUGAGCUGAUGAUGAUGGAGAGCAGGAAGACCAGCCUGCUGGGCCGGGCCGAGUCUCUGAAGAGGAGCGCCACUGAACUACCCAGCAACUUCCACUGCAAAAUACACAACCUGACGCACACAUGGAGCCAGCUGGAGAAAAUCCUCUCGGAGCAUUCAGGGCCCAGUUCCUCGCAGCAGAACCAGUCGGCCAACAUGAACUCCCUGCUGGUCGGCGGUCGAGGCGGCGCCGUGGAAAACCCUCGCUCGGCCCUCUCCCCGCUGACCAACUCGCUCCUGGAGCAGCUGGAGGCUCGUAUCAAAGAGCUGAAGGCGUGGCUGAGAGACACCGAGCUCCUCAUCUUCAACUCGUGCCUCAGACAGGACAAGGACGCCGCCGAGCAGCUGCAGAGCUUCAAGUCUCUGUGUUCGGAGGUGCGAGCCCGACGCCGAGGAGUCGCCUCGGUUCUGAAACUCUGCCAGAAGCUGCUGCAGCAGAGCCAGUCGGGCCCCAUGGCGGAGGUGGGCCCAGAGGCAGAGCAGCACCGGGAGGCCCUGCAGCUGCUGUCAAUCAACCUGGAGAGGAGGUGGGAGGCAAUCGUGAUGCAGGCGCUGCAGUGGCAGAACCGACUGAAGAGAGAGCUGGGAGAGCAGCAGGUUCCUGGGAACUUUCUUGAACCAGGUCUAGUUGACCUCCGCCAAAUCAGCUCAGCCCCAGUUGGUCCGGUGGCUCCGGCACCAGAUGACUCCUGGGAAUGGGAUGAAACGGAUAUGACAAUCACCGAACCAGAGCCACAAGAAGUACCAGAACCCGACCUUACGCACAACCUCCCCACAGAUGCACAUCUGCCUUCGGACGGCGUUGUGUCCAACGGGAAUCAACCAGACAGGGUUUGUCCUGAGAAUAUGUCCAAUGUGAUGAGAGGAUCAUCAUCAGAGGUCCAGCCCAGCGUGACCUCCCAAACUGCCCCCCCCAACAACAACAACAUCUACCAGGUGUACAACCUCCAUAAUGUGGAAUUAUACAGACAGCCUCAGUUUCCUCACAACUCUCCUCUGCACAAAACCAAAUCAGCAAAACGAAAACAACAGCUCCUGCUGAAGAGCCUGAGCAAGGACUCCUCGUUCUCCUCCAUCGAAUCCCUCCCAGACCUCCUGGGGGGUUUGAUGUCAAACAGCCGCGGAGGAGAUAGGAUCAUUGGAUACCAGGACGGGGAGAGUGAGAGGGAGGCUGGCAGAGGAAGCGGCCAGUCGGCGAACAGUCGUCGGUCAGAGUGCGAGAGCGGGAUUGUUAGUGAUACGGGAGACAUGGAGACGACAGCAAACUCUGAAAUCCAGGGAGAGGAGGAGGAUCGGGGGGAAGAGGAGGAAGAGGAGAAGGACAACCAGCAGAGGAAGAAUGAAACUGAUUUGGCUCUGCACAAAGAUGGCGUCACCAAGUACAACCAAAGAAUGAAGACAGAGGAUAGCAAGAAGGAGAAAGGAUGGAGGAGGGAUGAAAACAGAGGUGAGAACAGAAGAAACAGGGAGGAGGAGAAAAGGAGGAGACACAGGAGGGGAGGAGGGGAGGCGGUCGAGAUCCUAAUCAACGGCCGUGUUAUCCUGACCCCCGCAGACUCUGACUCUGACUUUGAGGCAGGGGACUCAGUAGGUCCCUCCAAGCCCAUCAUGUCCCACCAUGACAUCACAGAGUUCAAAGUUGAGCAGUUUAACGGUUUGGAGACUCCUGCUCUGAGCCGCCGGGCGUCGAGUCCAGUAUUAUCUCAGGGCUCCUCUCUGGAGUCUCUGCUGGCUCUGGGUGUGGAGUUAUUCCCCUCCAAAGACCCGCUGCAUCGUAGCGCCUCUUUGGAGAGCUGCCUCGCCCCGAGUCGCAACACUGAAGAGGAGACCGGGGGCAGCUUGGCCAACCUCGGGGUGCUGGACCUGGGGCAGAGCAGAGAGGUGGAUGGAGGUGAACCAGGAAGCGUUGAAAAUGUGGGAGAACCAUCCUCUGGGGAGCUGAGCCGAAGAACCCUUGAUCUCCUCAAACGCCUGGAGAACAUUCAGAGUCCUCUGGCGGCGAAGAUGACCCGCAGUGUUUCUGACAUGACGCUUCGGAGCAGCUCCCCGCAGCGGAGCCACCUCCCCACCUCCCCUUCUCUUGGUGGUCGACACACACCCCUCUCUGGGAUUUCAGGCUCUUCACGGAAAGGACCUCCAUCCAUGAUCAACGAGAGCUCAGCAACAGCAUCACUGACGGAGCUGAGCAGUACCGAGGACUCGUCUCUGGGGUCUGAAGAUUUCGCCAUGCUCAGAAAUCAACGGCGCCUCUUCCUCGAUCCCACCAUGGCAGCAAAUGCCAACUCAGGCUCUUAUAGGAAACGUGGCCACGGAAACAGCCGAGGAGGGCAAGGGAUGGAUGAAGCAGAUGCCGCGAGUCUGAGCAUGGUGGUGAACGUGUCUUGUACAUCAGCAUGUACAGAUGAAGACGAGGACGACAGCGACCUCCUGUCCUCCUCCACGCUCACACUCACCGAGGAGGAGCUCGGCGUGCGGGACGGAGAGGAUGAAGAGGAGGAGAGGCUGAGCGGCGCCUCCUCUGGUAACGAGGACGACGAAGAUGACGAUGAAGAAGAGAUGGAGGGCUCUUACGUGCUGGGGCUGGAGUACAUGAAGAGGGAGCUGCAGAGUUGGAUCCGAUCUCCUCGCACCUCCUCCUCCUCCUCCUCUAAAACUGAGGCAGGGCUCCGGGAUGAGCUGCAGUGUGGAACCCACCUGUCCUCCACCUUCACCACCUCCUCUCAGAACAAGGAGCAGCACUGCUUCCUAAACCGCUCAGCUGCAAAAUUAAUAGAAAGCAACACUAACAGCAGCAACAACACAACAAAAAGAGACAAGAAAGAACAGGAGGAAGAGGAGGAGAACAGGAGGAACGCAACAAGAAGCUACAUCAGCCAGUUUGUAGACGACGUGGAGAACGGGAAUGUGGACCAGAGCUGUCUGAAAGGGAAAGACGAAGAUGAUGAGCUCCUCAGAGAGGAGUCCAGUGUGUUUACAAAGAAAGGAGAGUCAGUGAGAGAAUCGUACGUGUUCACCAAAACAGGAGAGUCAGUUCGAGAUGUCGCUGAAUUGAUCGUGAAAAAAGAAUCAAACUCAACGAAGCAGCUUUCCUCCUCACCAACCUGUGAACUCCUCCCAUUUACAUCCAAACGUGCUUCCUCCUUGGUGGGACAGCUGCGUGGAGAGUUGCCCUGCCACAGCUCCUCCCUCCCCUCGCCUCCCUCCCUCUCGCCAGUUGAGGACUGCAGAUCCCACGAUGCCUUGCACAACGGCAGGGCAGCUGCUGGCGGGAGGAAGGCCAUCACCAUUCAGGAAAAGUUCAAGUUCUCAUCUUUUGUGACAGAGGAGACGAGGAGGGAGGUCAGGGACAAAGAAUCAUCGCUGCCUCCCAAAAAACGACACAGCUCUCACUCAUCCUGCUGCAACCACCUUCCCUCUCCCUCCUCCCUCCAUCCACGCAGCAUAGACGAAGGCAAGAAAGAGAACGUGCACGACUUUGUGAUGGAGAUUAUUGACUUGACCUCACUGGCGCUGAAGAGCAAAGAGAAUCAGCCUGAAGAGCCGAACCAGGCUGAGACCAGCGGGUCCAAUCCAGACCAAGGCCCUGCAUCACUAACACAGAUCAAAGACAAGGUGCUCGAACACUCCCACCGGCCGCUCCACCUCCGUAAGGGAGACUUCUACUCCUACCUGUCUCUCUCCUCCCAUGACAGCGACUGUGGCGAGGUCAGUCAGUGCUCCGAGGACAAGAGCUCCACUCCGGCGCCCUACAGCAUCCCGUCUUACACCACGCCAACACAAGGCCUCCACAGCCCGAGCCCCGAGCUGUUCACAAGCACCAAACAGCAAAUAUCAACCUCCAACUCAGCCCAGUCCUCCAAACGCUCCUCUCCCGUCCUCGACUCCAGGAGCAACCUCUGUGCUCUUGAUUUGAAGUCAGCUAACGGUGCUGCUAAUGGUAGCCACACUGAAGAGCCCACAAGCCCCUCUCUGUCCCUGCCCCCGAGUCCCGACAUCAGGGAUGAGGAGACCCUGUUUGCGGCCUGCACAGAGGAGGUUUACCUGGGCCCACCUCUCUGCUACAGCAUGAUGCUCACCAGGAAACCACGGAGGUACCUGCUGAAGGAGAAUCUGGAGGAUUUGUCUUCACUGGACCCUGGCUACAAACUGAACACCGGUCUAACGUACUCGCCUUGUUCAGAACCAAGUGAUAGGUGUCAAUAUUUGCCUCAAGAGGGGCCCAAUUCCCAACCAGGUGACAGUAAGAGCCACUUGUCUCCCUCAGAGGAGUCUGUGUUGGAUAGAAACCAGGACCACGUGUACUUUCAAGGGUCCAGUCCCUCAGUGACAACAGAGGAAACACAGAGCUGCUUCUCCUCUCUCCUGGAGCCUUGUUACAGCUCUUUUUCCACCUCCUCGCCCUCAACGACCAUCUCUGCCUCCCUCCAGGGGCCCGACUCCAAACCAAAAGAUGAAACCCCUUCCUCUCCUCCUCCUGUGUCCUCCGGCGCCAAGGAAGAGAAGCGAGGUGAGGACCCGUACCUCCUCUGUGAUGUCGCUGGAAGAGAAGUCGCGGUCGCUGUGAGUGUCAGUGCGCCGCAGGAGGAGAGGAGUCGUAAUGAGGGGCCUCCUUAUCUUAAUCCCUGGGCGCGUGUCGCCCCGAUAGACUCCUCCGCAGCCGAAUGUUUGGCAGAUACUAAAACGCUUGAAUCCAAUAUGGGCGCCGUAAUGACCAAGAUAAGUGUCUGCAGCUCCGCUACAAAUCCCUCAAAAGAGCCAGCCGCCACGCGUAUUAAUCCCAAAAUUAACUGCUCGGCGAUGAGAGAGGCAGAUAGGGAGGAGGAGGAGAGGCGAGGAGAGGGGGAUACUCGGCGGGUGAAGCAGGAGGAGAAGGGGAGAAGAGGGCGGAGCGGCUCGCAGCAGGACGCAAAGACAGUGGCUGCAAAGCAGGUGAGCUCUCAGUCAGCUGUCAAUCACUCCACCAGAGCAGCACAGGGGCGGAGCCAGGCCUCAGUGAGACACCCCACCUCAAGGACAGGGAUGGUUAGAAGGCUACCUGUGUUGGGAGCUGGAACCUCCAGGAUCCAGCUGUAAGGGAGCUGUCUCCAUCUCCUCCCCCCGCUGAGCUGAUCUCUCCUCUGGGCUUCAUCUGUCCGGCUGUCUCCUCUCUGCUUCUGGAGCUUUUCACACGUCUGAUCUCUCGAGUCUCACGGCUGUAACUGAACUGAUUUUAAAGGACUGGACUGAACACUCAUCUGGUCGUGUCAGGGUGACCUUCAAGUUGAUUCUCAGUUGAGGAUGAUACAGUACAUGCUGUGAUCUGAGUCUGCUUUCAGGGUUGAACUGUCCAAUAGGUUUCAGAUUGAUUAUGAAGCAGCUUUUAGAGUUUGGCUGCGCAUAUUAUGUAGAAUUUACUUCAAGAUGCAGCUUCAGCGUCAUUAAGUGGAAGAUUUUAAGAGUUAGGAGGAAAAUAAUGUAGUGAAAUUAUAUCCAACAAUUAAAAUGUGAUUAUCAAAUUAUUAGAAUUAAAAACGGAGUGAAGCAGAACAUUGAGCGUAAAAUCAGGUUGAGUGAAUAUUUCACUAAUGACUCACAGGUCAGAUAUUUACAUGUUGUAUAAGAUUGAUAAACUUUCAACAAUACAAAAUGGCAUUUUCAGUCUGAAUGAAGGCAACCCAGAAUCAGCUUCAUCUUCUUCUUCUUCUUCUUUUUUUAGCUUGUUUUGAUGUGUCAUGGUUUGAUCUACAGCACACGUUAAAUAAAUAGGGAUUUACUCAUGACACUUGAACUGUUAAACUGUACCAAUGCAUUAAGUCACAACUGUCCAACAUUUGAAGAAGGACAAAUAAAGCACUGAGGUUUAUUAGUGUGAGGAGGGUGUGGGUGUGACUGGAAUCAUCUGGAUGCUACAGCUUUCUAUACACUCUGUCUUCCUUUGUGUAGUUCCUUAUUUAGGCUACAUUCUGUUGUUUACUGGAGGCUGGUUUCAUAAAUAUAUUUUGGACUGGUCUAACCAAGGUAGUCUGGUUCUAUGUUUGCUCUUAAAUUCAUCUAAUGUGAGUUAGACAAAAAUAAAAAGUACAUUUUAAGCCACAAAGAGACGGCCACUCCAGACCAAUCAGAGCUUUCUUUGGCUAGAUGAAGAAUGAGGACAUUAUCCUGCAGCAACCAUAAAAAUAGCAACAGGAAAAUGGUGACAAGCAUAGUUGAGAUCAGCUGUUGUAGUAAUUGGACUUACAGAAAUUCUUUUUCAAUCAUACAUUGUGGAUACUGAGACAUUUUUCUGAAAUCUGACAAGCGCCAGAUUUAAGUUUGUCUUUUCUUUUUCAGCCAUCACAGAAUAUUGUUUUCUGUAAUAUUAUGGAGCUACCUCAGUAUUAUUCUGCCACCAUUGGAAGACACACACACAUCUUUGGCCAGUUUGCAUGACUUCAUACUGUAUCUCACCUUUUGUGCUGCAGUUGUGAACACCCUGUUAUCUUAUAAACACACUGUUAAACAGUUUGCUGCAGUGUCGUAGCACAAGUAGCAUGUGAUGUCCUAAAACUUAAAACUCAGUCUGUGUCUAUAGAUAAGGUCAGUAUUCAUAUUAUUGUGGUGUGACUUGGUUCAGCAGUAGGUCUAUUCACAGUUGUAGCUGUGGUAGAAGUUUACCAUCCUGCUGCAUCAGCACCAGCCUGUGAGUUAUGACUCAGUAGGUAAACUGUAAUAUCUGCAUCACACAACCACAGAGCCUCUAUAAUCUGAAGAAAGCAAACUAAAUUUGUUGAAGCUAUCAUCAAGAAACACUUAAAGGGUGGGAAGAACUUUGUGUUAACAGGUAUGAAGACAUCUAGUUAUCAUUUACAAAUGCAUUGUCACUGUUGAGAAAAUACACAAGACUGUAGAAAUUAAGUUAGUGUUAAUAAAAGCUACAAAUACUAAAACUGGUAGAGGAUCCACAUUCACAUCAGCAUAACCAGCUUUGUUAUGAUCAAACACAAGUUUACAAGACAUGUAGACACCAAUAAGUUGUAUCACCCUGUAUUUAUUGAAGCUAAAACAAAAACAAAAA